UCUAAAACUCAUUCACAAAAAGACUCUCCCUCUCUCUCUCUCUCUCUCUCUCUCUCUCUCUCUCUCUCUCUCUCUGACCAUCCUCCUUUAUCAGCAUCUCCUCCGCCGUCCCCCCAUUUUUCACGGUGAAUCGUAUCGAAAACGCAACAUCCGACCAAGAUUUCAGAUAAAGCUGAAUAGUACAUCUAUGGAAGUCGCACCUCAGAGUUCGGAAGUCCCAAUUACAAAGGUGGCUGACGAUUCUGGAAAUGAUGCCAUUGGUGAUAAGGUCACUAAUGGGGAUGUAACUCAAGUAGGAAAAGAUAUUAAGAGCGAAGAGGAGGACAAUGCUCUGGGCGGUGAGUUCAUAAAAGUAGAAAAGGAGCCUCUGGAGGCGAAGGAUACUCAUCCAGCCAAAACAGUAUCCGCAGAGGAGGAUAAACCAACUAUUGUUGAAAGAAGUUCAUGCAAUUCAAGCAGAGAAUUAUUGGAGGCCCAAGAGAAGUCAAGAGAUCUUGAGUUUGAAAUUGAGAGAUUAGCUGGAAGUUUGAAGCAUUUAGAGUCAGAGAAUUCAAGGCUACAGGAUGAGGUAUCAAUCACGAAGGAGAAGCUCGAGGCAACUGAAAAGAAGUUUGAAGUGCUUGAACUCGAUCACAAGAAAUCGAAAGAGCAGAUUGUUGAAUCUGAAGAUAAAUAUAGUUCGCAGCUCAACAGUUUGCAAGAGGCACUGCAAGCUCAAGAAGCGAAGAACAAGGAGUUGACAGCGGUGAAAGAAGCAUUUGAUAGUUUGACAAAUGAUUUUGAGAAUUCCCGCAAGCAGAUUCAAGAGUUGGAACAAAAACUGAAGAUCUCUGGAGACGAAACUUUGAAAUUUGAGGAGCUUCACAAACAAAGUGGCUCGAAUGCUGAAUCUGAGGCUAAAAAAGCAUUAGAAUUUGAGAGGCUUCUUGAAUCAGAAAGACUGAGUGCAAAAGAAAGAGAAGAUCAAAUCUCUUCCCUACAAGAAAAAAUCAAGGGCUUAAAUGACGAGAUUGCUGAAAGCCAAAAGGUAAAAGAAGAACUUAGAACUACAGCAACUGAGCUUUUUGCUGUCCAGGGAGAUCUAGAGCUUUCAAAAUCUCAAGUGCUAGACUUGGAGAAGAAACUUUCUACGAAGGAAGGUUUGGUUGAAGAACUAACUCAAGAACUGGACGCACGAAGAGCUUCAGAAUCUAAGAUCAAGGAAGAUAUCUCAGCCGUUGAAAGCCAGUUUGCUUCAGCUAAAGAGGAUCUUCGUGUAAAGGUUUCUGAACUGGAAGAAAUAAGAUUGAAGCUUCAGGAAGAAAGUAACCAAAAAGAAUCUGCUGAAUCUGCUCUAAGAAUUCUGGAAGCACAAAUCUCUGAUACCCAAAAGGAACUUUCAGCAGUUAUCAAAGAUAAAGAAGAGCUUGAAGUGAAUGUAGCAGAUCUCUCUAGCAAUGCCAAACAAAUGAAAGAUUUAUGCAACAGUCUAGAGGAAAAACUGAAGCUUUCUGAUGAGAAUUUUGGAAAAGCUGAUUCUCUUUUAUCUCAAGCUCUGUCCAACAAUAAGGAGCUGGAACAGAAGUUGAGAAAUUUAGAGGAUCUCCAUAAUGAAACUGGAAUUGUCGCUCAAUCUGCCACUCAGAAGAAUCGUGAACUUGAGGAAAUUGUCCGAUCUUCAACUGCCUUAUCAGAAGAUGCAAAAUCGCAAUUGAGAGAACUCGAGACUCGAUUUAUAGCAGCCGAACAAAAGAAUGUGGAGCUUGAACAACAGCUAAAUUUGUUACAAUUGAAAAACGAUGAUGUCGAGAGGGAAGCGACUGAAUUAUCUGAGAAAAUAAAAGAACUUAGUACAAAGUUGAUCGAGAUUGAGCAAGAAAAGCAGCAACUGAAUGACCAUAAGCAGGAAUACCAGGAUAAGGUACUGCAACUGGAAUCUGCAAUACAGCAGUCGACGUUGCAGCACGAGGAACUGGAGAAGGAGCUGAAAACCACAAUCGGGAAAUGUUCUGAAUACGAGGAACGAGCUAACAUGAAUCACCACCGUAGCAUUGAACUUGAAGAACUGAUCCUGACAUCUCAUAACAAAAUUGAAGUUGCAGAUAAAAGGGCGAGUGAGUUGGAGUUGUUGCUUGAAACAGAAAAGUAUAGAAUUCAGGAGCUUGAAGAACAAAUAAAUACUUUAGAAAAGAAAUGUGGGGAAGCUGAAGCAGAAACCAAGAAGAACUUUGACCAGGCAUCUGUCUUGGCUUCUGAAAUAAAGUCUUAUGAAGAAAAAGUAGCAAGCCUUGAGACUAAAUUGCAUGUUGCCAACGUAAAGGAAAAGGAAUUAAAUGAAUCUCUGGAUAUAGCAACAGAAGAGAAGAAAAAAUUGGAAGAUGCACUGAACUUAUCUAGCAGUAGGCUAGCUGAAUCAGAAAGUUUGGUCGAAGUUCUAAGGAACGAUCUGAACGAUACCCAAAAGAGACUCGAAAGUAUAGAGAACGAUCUCCAGGCUACUGGAUUCAGAGAGACUGAGGUGCUGGGAAAGCUGAAAUCUGCGGAGGAGAAACUCGAACACCAAUUACGAUCAAUAGAGGAAACUACUGCAAGAAACACGGAACUUCAGUUGUUACAUGACUCAUUAGCCAAGGAUUCAGAAACUAAAAUGCUGGAAGCAGUAGCAAAGUUCACCAACAAAGAAUCUGAGGCUAACUCUCUAGUGGAGAAAAUUAAUGUUCUUGAAGAACAAAUAAAAGCUUAUGAGGAUCAGAUAUCUGAAACCAAUGAAAGAUCUGCAGCUUUAAAAGAAGAAUUGGAACAGACUUUGACAAAAUUGAGUUCUUUGGAGAGUACAAAUGGUGAACUCAAAAAGUAUAGUUUGGAAGUUGAAAAUAAAGUUUCUCAGAUUUCUUCCGAGAACGAACUCUUAGUCGAUACAAACAUUCAACUCAAAACAAAGCUUAAUGAACUUCAGGAGUUAUUGAGCUCUGCACUUUCUGAAAAGGAAACUUCUUAUCAGCAGCUCGCUUCUCAUAAGAGCUCUAUUGCUGAAUUAACCGAAAAGCACUCGAGAGCCAUCGAGUUCCAGUCUGUAACCGAAGCUCGUCAAGUCGAGACAGAUCAGAAAUUGCAGGAAGCCAUUCAAAAGUUCGAUCAGAGAAAUUCGGAGGCUGAGGAAUUGAGUGGGAAACUAAAAAUAGCAGAGAACGAGAUAAAAUUGUUUGAAUCCAAGACUUUGGAAGCUUCUGCAGAAGCUGAAUCUCACAAGAUUCAGCUAGAAGAGAGUCUUUUGAAAGUAAAACAACUAGAAAGCAUGGUAGAAGAGCUGCAAACCAAGAAAGUUGAUGCUGAACAGGAGAGUGCAGGGCUAAAUGAGGUUAGAUUGAAGCUUACUCAAGAACUGGCCUUAAUCGAAUCGAAUUUGAAUGACCUCCAGAACAAGUUAUCUGCCGCAAAUGCUGAAAGGGAUGAAACUACUGAACGACUCCAGGCUGCAGAGAAGACUGUAAAUGAGUUGAAAUCGCAGCUCUCUUCUGAAGAACAGAGGCUACAGUCUCAGAUCGCUUCAAUUAUGGAAGACAACGACGUCCUCAAUGAAACAUACCAGAAGACCAAAAACGAAUUUCAGUUAGAAAUAUUAAAGCUGGAAGGAAAAUUGAAAGAACAGAGCAAAGUAGAAGAAUCAUUAAGAUCUGAAAUUGAAAAUCUCAAGGCAGAGAUAGCAGAGAAUAAUGGUUUAAAAAUACGCCAAAAGGAGCUUGAAGAUGAGGUUGAAAGUGUCCGAUCAGCCGCUGCAGGAAAAGAGACAGAAUUGAUUUCCAAAUUGGAAGAUUAUGGACUAAAAAUCCAAGAUAGAGAUCAACUAAAUGCACAAGUUGUACAACUAAAGGCGGAGAUCGCUGAACAGAAAGAGAAAGAUUCUCAAAAAGAGAUCGAACGAGAGGAUUCGGUUAAGCAGUCUCUUGAAGAUUUGGAAGCGAAGGGCAAAGAAAUUAUUGCUCUAGAAACACAAAUCAAGGACCUCCAGCAGAAAUUGCUCCUGGCUGAAGCUAAGCCCGUAGAGAAGGCUGAUGGAGGCAGCAGCAUGGCGGAGCCGAAGGAGGGAGUAGAAAUCAAAUCCCGAGACAUUGGAUUAACCUUUUCUACUCCAACAAAAAGGAAGCACAAGAAGAACAAAGAGGCAUCAUCGCCAUCUACACCAUCUUCAUCUUCUGCCGAAACACACACCCAAAUUGCUGAGGUUUCUCCAAUCUCUUCCUUGAAGUUGGUUUUGGCGGUAGCUCUGAUCUCUGUUAUAGUUGGUAUAUAUCUGGGGAAAAGGUAUUAAAUAUUCGUGGUUUUCGAUUUUUUUUUUCAAUCUUUUUCUUUGAAGCCUUUAAAGUUGGUUUUUUUAUUUUUAUUUUUUCAAAUUUCUUUUGAGAUUUAAGGGUUUUCUAGUCGGUUUGGGAAUUCGAUUUUUAUUUUCCAUCCCCAGCCAGCAUGGGAAAGCAAAUACCAUUGAUGAUACCUUUAGUUUUGGAAGUGUGUAUUUAAGUUGUAUCGGUCAAAAGUUGGAGAUGUAUGUAUUUUCUUUGUAAUGCGCGUAUUUCACAAGUCAUUACUAGUGGAACCACUUGGUUUUUA